UUCCCCUCACCGCCACAAUCCAUAGCCCAUAGCGACAAAGUUCUGAGAACGGGACUUUAGUUUUUGGUUGUUUACAUUUAAAAUUGACACUUGACAGGUGUUUGAAUUUUGUUUAAAGUAAUGACACUGUAGUGGAUAAUUUUAACAAAAGUUAUGUGAAUUGUGAAUUUUUACAAAGAUUUUUACCAAGCUAACGUAUUUUUAUUAUAAUAAUUUAGCUUUAAUUAUCCAAGUGCUAAAUUAUUAUACAGAUCUUAUUAAAAUGAUACACGAAUUACUGUUCAAUUUGUGGAAUAUUCCAGGGAAUAUAAUAGACACCGAAGAUAAUGAUUGGACACAUUUAUUUGAAUUGCCUCAAUUUUUGCAUCCAGGAGAAGAAGAGUUAUUAAAACUGAUUAUAAACAUUGGUGUUGAUUACCACAAAAUUACAUUGUUUACAAAUGAAAUAUUGAAUCAAAAUUUUGUACAAGGUGGAUCAGAUGAUGUGGAAACAUUUUCUUCAAAAAUGCCAACUGGUUUGUAUCUUAAGGCAUUUUGUCAUGGGAUAAAUAAGGUUUUGGAAGAUUACAGAAAAGAAAUUUUGAAACUAGAAGAUAAAUUUUUGGAAUUUCCCCAGUUAUCAUUAACAUAUGUACUGAGCUGUGUAGAUAGAUACAAAAAUUUAUUUGGAGUUUUAAAGCUAAUGGUUGGGAAAAUUAACAGCGAGAAUUUACAUGGUUACCUCUUAUUAAAUGGUUUGCACAAAUAUAUAAAUUGUGGUGUCGAUCAAAUUGAAGAUGCCGCAAAAAUAAUAAUAAAGUCGGUAAACACAGUGUUCUAUCAACAUUUGUGUAACUGGAUAGUGGGAGGUGAUCUUGUUGAUCUAUACAAUGAGUUUUUUAUAUGUGAUGGAAAAGUACCCGAUGAAAACUUUUUAUAUCCAGAUCAGUUAUCAGAGAGCUUAGUAUAUUUAGCAAAAAAAACAAAAAUUAGAAGGCCACCACCAGUGAGGAAAUUCUUUAUUAAUUGGGACAUGGUACCAAGUUUUAUUACUGAAGAAUUAGCAGAAACUAUUUUGUUUAUGGGAAGAAUAGUUUGGAUUGUAAGAAAUGAUCCGAAAAAAGAAAAGUGUUGUGAAGACUAUCAAAUAAAAUUCCGAAGGGAUAUAUGGGAAGAAAAGGAUACUGAAUAUUAUAUGAAAAUCCAACAAUUAGGAAAUGACACAUUCAAUGGGGUGGAAUUUAGAAAAACAAUUGAAGAAUGUAGAAUAAAACUAACAAAAUACCUUUGGGCAAUAAUGCUAGAUGAGGGCAACCUUAUCCAACAUUUAAAGCUUAUCAGAGACUAUUAUGCUUUGGGUAGAGGCGAACUCUUCCAGCAAUUCCUCACUGUUUCUGAAAAUCAUUUAAAGGAAGCAUCAUCCCACAGAACAAUUCAACACAUCAAUUUUAUUUUCCAUGAAACAGCCAGAAAAAUAUAUGGAGAAAAUGAUAAAAGCUACUUGAGAUUUGAAAUGACAUCAUUAAAUGGAGCAGAUUCAAAGGUAAAUCCUUUUCAAAUGCUUCAACUGAAUUUUGAAGUGGAAUGGCCAUUGCAUAUUAUUUUUCAUCCUGAAGUAAUGGAUUUCUAUAACAAAUUAUUUUGUUAUCUUUUAAGACUGAAAAAAACCCAAAUAAGUUUGUAUCAGUUAUGGUCAAAUCAUACAUUAAGUAAAAGCAAAAUUGAUCGAAGGGUCUGGACACUUCGUCAAAACCUUAUGUUUUUAGUGAAUAAUUUACAGUACUAUAUGCAGGUGAAUGUGAUAGAAGCACAAUUUUCCAUUUUACUGAAGGCAGUUGAAAAUGCUAGUGAAUUUGAGGACAUUAUUAAAAUUCAUCAUGAAUUUGUCACAAAUCUGUUAGCAAAGACUUUUAUACUAACUCCAGAAGAGUCUCCGAAAGGAAGUAGUAAGCACAGAUUAUAUCAAAUGCCUGCUCUGCAACACAAUGUACCCAGCAAGGUUUAUAAUGUAGUUACAAAGCUACUAGAAUUAUGUAAUAAAUUUUGCCUUAUGGCAUCUACUUGGGAAACCAAUUUAACUGAAUCAGACCUUGAAGAACUGGAAUGUUUUCAAAAAAGAUCUGAUGUUGCUAUAGAAUCUUUACUUUAUGUUUUGUAUAGUCUGCAUGAGAAAGUCAGUGGUAGCCAUUUACUUCAGUUAUUACUUCAUUUAGACUUUAACAGAUAUUUCAGCAAAAAUAAAACAGACAUGAACUUAACCAGUGCCCUUAAUACUUAUUAAUAUUUUUGUAAACAGAAAAAUUGCUAUUAAAUAAUUCCAUUAUAAUUUUAA